AUGGUCUCGACGGCCCAGGCGGUUUGUUUGGAUGUGGCCGAUGCCGCAUUUGGGCCCCGUGUUAAUGUCGCCUGUCGAAAUUUUGAUUUCACAGUCUACUUUGAAGAUCUAUUUUUCGUUUGCCUGCCAACUGCGUUAUUCUUAUUAGGUCUCCCUGCCUCCCUGUGGCUGUUGUGGAACGAGCCCCGUCGUAUCAAGCGGUCUACGCGACUGCUCUGUAAGCUAGCAGUUCUCAUGAUCCUUUUUGCUUGCCAACUUGCCUUUCUACUUUUACGUCGGUUGAGAUCUACUGUUAUCCAAACCAACGCCUCAUUGGUAGCAGAUGUGCUCGAAGUAGUGGCUAUCUCCAGCGCCAUAGUGCUGUCAUACAUCCACCAUUGCCGUUCAAUUCGACCAUCAACUCUACUCACUCUCUUCUUUUCUGCUCGGUCCCUUGUCAGUAUCGCGCGUGUGAGAACCCUGUGGCUCAUCCCAGAUGAAACAAGCAAGGCUAUCGUCUUUACCAUUGGUUUCAUUUUCACCUUGAUUUCUUUGGUAUUUGAGUCUUCUGGGAAAGAGUCAAUCGUCAUCCCGAAAACAGAGAAACCCGCCACUCCAGAGCCAUUCAGUGGGUUCUGGAAGCAAGCUAGUUUCGCUUGGCUUGCCGGAACAUUUCGUUUGGGCUAUUCCAAAGUCAUUUCCGUUGACGACCUUCCUGAUCUUGAUCCACGGCUGAACACCGAGGUUGUUGCGCAUAAGCUACGGAGUGUCUGGUCAAAACAAGGUAAUGCGCGCUUCUAUGACGCAUGUGCCGAGCUUCUAGUUCUAAUGUUUCGCCGGUUAUGA